ACCAUGGCCGAGGCCGGGCGGCUGUGCGGGCCGGCGACGCGGCCCCGGUACAAGGAGAGUCUACCUUCCAAGUGUUUCACAAAGCACAGGCACAAGCUGACGUGUCCCACCUCCCUGAACAGCCUGCGGUGGACGUUUGUGAAGAAGGGACUGGAUGACUUCAGGAGGGGCUGCCCGCCUUGCGAGGGUCUGCUCAUUCGGGGUCCUCAGGAGGCCUUUCUCCCGCAGAUCCGUCACACAGCUCCCCGACCUGCCCCAAGGAAGAGGCAACACAGGCGGCCCAAGGAAGCAGCCCUGUUUCCCAAGCUGUCACCAGCGACGCGGGCGCGGAAGGCAUUCCUGGCGGAUGUUGAAGCCCAGCUAACCCCGCACCCUUUGGCUCUCUACCCUAAUCUGGGGGAAGACAUGCCUGUCGAGCUCUUAUUAAAGGUGCUGGAAGUGCUGGAUCCCGACAGGAAACUGGAGGACACAUGGGCUUAUUGUCAGGGCGUCAGGAAAAGAAAAAAGGAACCAGCCAAACUUUUAAAAAAGCCUUCUACCCAAGUCGACCUGGGACUUCCCAAGAAGACUCCCGUGUCACAUCCAGGUCAAUGGCUUUAUGAAGAAAAGAAGCCAAGCAAAACAGAUUUGCUCCAUGAAGAUGGUCCUCUUUGUUAUGAAAAUGUGCGCAAAGGAGUUAGGGACUUCUGCAACUGGGCUACUACUUUUGGAAGUUCAAACAUUGAUGAAGAGUUCAUCCUGAAACAGUUUGACAUUGACUAUCAGAGCAAACCAAGCCAUGAUGUGCUCCACACGAUGAGACUCAACCAGACUCCUCUAGAGCUAAAGAAGAGAGUGGGGUCAAAGAAACUGCAGGAGCCACAGUUUUUCCAGAAACUAGACGACUAUGAGCAGAAACACCAGAAACCACAGAAUCCUCAUAAACCAAAGUGUGUGAAGAUGAGGUAUGGAGCAUGGUAUCUGAACACCAAGUUGUGGAAAAGGCAAAGAGCAGAUGAACCUUUGGUUGACCCCAAGGUCUCAUGUAAAGCUCAAGACGACAAUUUUAAAAAGGAGCUGCAGGAACAGGAGGAGUUACUUGCAGACCUUCAUGGAACCACUGCCUUUAAGGAUUUCAUUCUAAGCAGAGGCUACAGGAUGCCAAGUUUCCUUGAGAAGAUGUAUAUCAGGAAGGAACAUAAAUGUGAGUGUAAUAAGACUUCUGUAAAAUAACUCAAGCAUAGAAGAAUCUUGGGAAGAUGAUUAGACCAAUUGUAUUUACUACAUACUUGGCUAUUUCUCUGUCUCAUUUUAAACCUUAAAUAAAAUUUAUGAGUGUCUCAUGAACAUACAACUUUGACUUGGCAACAUCCA